CAGAUACUGUUCUUUUCUGGGCCAGCUGUUACCUCCACAAAACUGCAGGGUCUCCUAGGGCAGGGGCUGUCUCUUUUUUUUUUUUUUUCACUUUUUGCUGGAGAUUAUGAUAGAAUGUGUCCAGUUGUCCAAUAAUUAACUAGAUUUCCAAAUCAUUGAGUAUGAGAUCUCUUACCUGAGAUGAAGACAAAGUAAUCCUUGGACACCAUCAUAGUCAGCUUGGGCUGUUGUAAGAAAUUCUGGGUGCCUCAUAAACAACAGAAAGUCCUUUUCUUACAGCUCUGGGAGCUGGAUGUCUGAGACCAAGGUGCUGUAGGUUUGGUCUCUCCUUGGCUCGCGGAGGGCCGUCCUCUCCCGAUGGCCCCGUGUGGCUUUUUCACUGUGCACGCACAUCUCUGAUGUCUCUUCCUCUUCUCACGAGGACACCGGUCAGACUGCAGUGGGGUCUCUUCGCAUGACCUCAUUCACCUCGAACCACCUCUGUAGUGCUUCACAUUCCUUCACAUUCAGAAGUGUUGGGGGUUAGGACUUGAACACAGGAAUUCAGGGAGGGACACCUUUUAUCCUGUAACAAUCUCUCAGUCACGUGGGGCGUGAGCACUGGGUUAGCAAGAACGUGGUUAUGUCAUUUCAGGGCUUGGUGACAUUUGGGGAUGUGGCUGUAGAUUUUUCCCAGGAGGAGUGGGAGUGGCUGAGCCCCAUUCAGAGGCAUCUGUACAGGAAGGUGAUGUUGGAGAACUACAGGAACCUGGCAUCACUGGGACUUUGUGUCUCUAAGCCUGACAUGAUCUCCUCUUUGGAGCAAGGAAGGGAGCCCUGGAUGUUGAAGAAAAUGAUGACGAGAGGCCGGGGCUCAGACUUGAAGGCCAUGCAGGAGACCAAGGAGGUACCUCCAAAGAAGGACCUCUGUGAAGAAAAGUUAUCCCAGGCAGUGAUCACAGAGAAACUGACAAACUGUAGUCUGGAGUACUCCUUAUUAGGGGAAAACUGGGAUUACGAUGCUCUGCUUGAGACACAGCCGGGCUUGGUAGCCAUCACAAAUAUGGCCGUCAGCUUCUCCCAGCAGCUAGACCCUGCCCAGAGGAUUUUCCGAAAGAACGUGAUGUGGAAGAAGCACGAUGACCUGGGAUCUGUAGGAUCUUAUGUUUCUAAGCCAGAUUUAGUCUCUCUACUAGAGCAAGGGAAGGAGGCCUGGAUGGUGGAAACAGAACAGACUAGAGGCCUAUUCUCAGGCCAACAAUCUAUAGGUGAGACCCAGGAAUUAUUUCCAAAGCAGGACUCCUAUGUUGAAGGAGUAAUGGACAGAACCACAAACAAUAGACUUGAGUGUUCCACUUUCAAAGAAAAUUGGGAUUCUGAGUACGUGUUAGAAAAGAAGCUGGUAGAUCAUGAAGCACAAUUCAGGCAAGAGACAAUUACUUACAACAAAACCCUCUCUAAGGAAAGAGGGCAUAUGUGUAACAAAUCUGGAAGAUGGUCCCGUUUGGACAAUUCAGAAGAAAGAGUUUAUCAUCCCGAUUCACUUAAAAGUUUCUCCAAAAACUCAGUUGUAAUAAAACAGACAGGAAUAUAUACAGGAAAAAAACUUUUCAAAUGUAAUGAAUGUAAGAAAACUUUCACCCAGAGUUCAUCCCUUACUGUUCAUCAGAGAAUUCAUACUGGAGAGAAGCCCUAUAAAUGUAAUGAAUGUGGAAAGGCCUUUAGUGAUGGUUCGUCCUUUGCACGACAUCAGAGAUGUCACACUGGCAAGAAGCCCUAUGAGUGCAUUGAAUGUGGAAAAGCUUUCAUACAGAACACUUCCCUUAUUCGCCACUGGAGGUAUUAUCACACAGGGGAGAAGCCCUUUGAUUGCAUAGAUUGUGGGAAAGCCUUCAGUGAUCACAUAGGACUUAAUCAGCAUAGGAGAAUUCACACUGGAGAGAAACCUUACAAAUGUGACGUCUGUCACAAAUCCUUUAGAUAUGGCUCAUCCCUUACUGUACAUCAAAGGAUUCAUACUGGAGAGAAACCAUAUGAAUGUGAUGUUUGCAGAAAAGCCUUCAGCCAUCAUGCAUCACUCACUCAACAUCAAAGAGUUCAUUCUGGAGAAAAGCCUUUUAAGUGUAAAGAAUGUGGAAAAGCUUUUAGGCAGAAUAUACACCUUGCUAGUCAUUUGAGGAUUCAUACUGGGGAGAAGCCCUUCGAAUGUGGAGAAUGUGGGAAAUCCUUUAGCAUCAGUUCACAGCUUGCCACUCAUCAGAGAAUUCAUACUGGAGAGAAGCCCUACGAGUGUAAGGUAUGUAGUAAAGCAUUCACCCAGAAGGCUCACCUUGCACAACAUCAGAAAACUCAUACAGGAGAGAAGCCCUAUGAGUGUAAGGAGUGUGGUAAAGCCUUCAGCCAGACCACACACCUUAUUCAACAUCAGAGAGUUCAUACUGGAGAGAAACCCUAUAAAUGUAUGGAAUGUGGGAAGGCCUUUGGUGAUAACUCAUCCUGUACUCAACACCAGAGACUUCAUACCGGCCAAAGACCUUAUGAAUGUAUGGAAUGUGGGAAGGCAUUUAAGACAAAAUCAUCCCUUGUUUGUCAUCGCAGAAGUCAUACUGGAGAGAAACCUUACGAAUGUAGUGCAUGUGGCAAAGCCUUUAGUCAUCGUCAGUCCCUUAGUGUACAUCAGAGAAUUCAUUCUGGAAAGAAACCAUAUGAAUGUAAGGAAUGUAGGAAAACUUUCAUCCAAAUCGGACACCUUAAUCAACAUAAGAGAGUUCAUACUGGAGAGAAGGCCUAUAACUAUAAGAAAAGCAGAAAAGCCUUUAAACAGACUGCACAUUUUGCUCACCACCAGCGAAUUCAUACUGGAGAGUCAUCAACACGUCCCUCUUUACCUUCUGUGUCAAAUUCUGUGGAUCUAUUUCCCAAGUUUCUCUGGGAUCCAUCCUCACUUCCAUCACCAUAGUCUCAAGAUGACAUUUAGGCUAGGCUAUGUCAGUAGUUUAACCACUCAUUUCCCUGCCUUACUGUUUUAUUUUUGUGUUUUGCUAGUGUAAUUUAUUCACUUCUUAUGUGAAAUUUGUGGGUCCUUUAAAUUUAUGAAUGUGUAAGAUGUGCUUAGCACAGUGCCUGGUCCAUACUAAGUUAAGUAAACUUGGCUCCUAUUAAAACAUUACUUUCGAUCAUUGGAAAGUUACCACAGUCAGUUCUGAUAAAAAUGAUGUGGUAGGAUGAGGUUAGGGAAAACUGAGUAUUAGAUCAGGAAUUAGAGUUCUCAAGGUAAAUUGAUGAGGUUUUGUCUGUGUUGGUUUAAAGUUUGAUUCCAUAAUGCUAAAUCAAUGUUGAGGACUUUAUUCUGUCCUACAUGACUGUAAGGUGAUAUGACCUUGUCAAUGAGAAAGUUUAACUUUUGACAACAGUCUUAGAAAGUCUAGAGAAUAUGAAUGAGAGGCCUCCUGGAAAAAUCAAAUUGAAAUAAUCAGACUAAAGGAAGAUUUAUAUGCAUGAAGUUAAAAGUCCUGAUGCAUUACUCAAGAAUUAGAAAACUUGGCAAGACUGCAUAUAUUUAAAGUCACUUAGUAUAUGAAUGAAUUCUGUGAACUUUCAGGAAACUAUUGGGGCCAGCAGGUACAGUGGUGGUUAAGACGCUGUAUUCCCACAUGGCCAACCACAAUUCAACUCCUGGGCCUGGAGGCUUUUCUUACUUUCCCUCUGUAUCUCUUGCUCCCUCUUUUUCUGGUCAAAUUUAAAAAUAAGAAAUAAAAUGAAAUAUUUUUAAAUUAAAAAUAAAAGCUAUAAGCUCUGAGGUAAACUGAUCUAAAAUAGGGAUCAGAAGUAAACUUUGACUCAUGGUCACAGCCAUACUGUUUUUAUGUGACCAAUGAUCCAAACUUAAAAAAAAUUUUUUUUAGAAGGAUGGACAAAGUAGAAAUAUUUUCAACAUUGAAAAAUAUUUGAAAUUUAAAGUUUGGUGCCUGUAAAUAAAGUUUUUUUUGGCACAAAGCCACACUUACUCAUUUACACAAUGUCUAUGGCAGCUUGCAGAAUACAAAAGUAGUUUAAAUGUGACAGAGAUACAUGAUCCAUGAAGCCAAAAAUAUCUAUUUUAUCUUUACUCUAAAGCAGAGUCAACCAACCGUAGGUAAUGGACGGAAUCCUAUCUGCUGCCUAUUUUUGCCAUCCCCUGAUUUAAAGUAGAGAAUAAUAUACAGAAGGCUUUUAAUUUUAUGAGGGUAAUACAACUCUCCUAUCAAAAUCAAACAACCUAUAAACCAACUUAUUUCUGAAUAGAGGUGAAAUGAAAUUAGUAAGCUAUAUCGAAAAGUAGAAAAUAUGUCAAUAAAAGAAAUAGUGAUUUUUUUUUUUAGGUGAAGUACUCACUACUGUUAAAAUGUUUGUAAACUGUAAUUCCAGACAGUGUCCUGGUAAGAUGUUUACUUUGACAGUUUUAUGUGAAAUAAAAUGAGAAUGUUUAAUCAAGGAAGCAAUAGCAAAGACAUUUUUGAAGUAGAUUUGUUUACAUGUGAAAUUUUGGUCUAUAAUAAGACUGACAUUUCAAUAUUGGGAAAAUUAUAUUUUGAUAGUUGGUUACAUCUCCAUGGGGGGGAAAACAUAUUUGUACUCUACAGGAAAAAAUGAGAAUUGUAUUAAGAAUCUCUGAUUAUAAAAUAAUGUGUUAGAAGCAAACAUAGAAGAAGGGGAGCCUUUAUCAAGCAGGUGAUGGAGUCCUAGAGGCCAUAAGAAAGAGAAUAAGUUGGACUAUGCAAAAUUUUAAAACUUUGGCAUAGUAAAAGGCACCAAAAAUGGAAAAGAUAAUUGUCAGAAAAUGUGUGUGAUCUACACAAAACUUUAUGACAUUUAGUAACGGAGCGCUAUUACACAUACAGAGCACUGAAGGAAAUUGGCAGUGCAUCUAUGGCAUAACUGAAGAACUCAAAUGAAGACAGACACUUUCUGAUGGUCUUAACCUCAGUAGUCAGAAUACAGAUGAAAAGAAAUUUUCUUGGCUCUUAGAUGAAUUACAAUGUAAAAUUUAGAUAAUAUCUAGUACAGGUAUUGGUAUGGGAAAAUAGGUACUUACUGAUUAGCAAUGUAAAUUCUCUGCAAUUUUUGGAUGGCAUGUGGCGUGUCCUGUCAACACUGUAAAUGUGCUUUCCUUUUGAAAUAGUAAUUCCAGAUCUAGGAAUUUUAUCCCACUGGAAUAAGUAGAUCAAUGUAAAUAAUGUUUAUUGCAGAAUUGUUUUAAUUACAACAAAUAGGAAUUUAGUGUCCUGCCAUGCAGAUUGAUUAAAUUGUAGUUAUCUGAUACAAUAUUGCACAGUUAAUAGAGAGCAAUUAACUUCUAUGUCUACUUCUGUGAAAGGUUGUCUGCAAUAUAUUAAAUGAAAUAUGUAAUUUGCACAAGCUUAUGUGUACAGUGAUCUUGUAGUCAGUGUCAAAAUUAAUAUCAAAUAUAGGGGCUGGAAAGUGACAUGGUGGUGAUGGUGCUGGACUCCCACAUAGUUGACCAUUGUUGGGAGUCCCA